AUGUCUGUGCAGCAACAACAAAGCCAGAAACGUUAUUCUGAAAAAAAAAUUAAAGAUUCGUUAUUUGGUACAUCAAAUAGUACUCGUAUGUCACAACCAUCAAAUGAAAGUGAGAGUGAAAAUGAAAUUUUAGGAACUAUUGAAAUAUCUCGUUCACCAUCAAUAAGUACAUUAGAAAAUGAAGGAUUGGAAGAAUGUGCUUUAGCAAAAUUUAAAACUUUAGGUUCCCAUUAUCCUGAUAACCAUGACAUAACAAAUCUUGUUACAAUAAUAAAGAAGGGUAGACGUAAAGAAAGAUUAAAUAAAUUAAACGGUUUAGAUAAGGAACAACAACGUAAGAAGCAGAAUCAGCAGCAAUCACUUUUAUUUUCACAAUGUUUGGAAAAUGUAAAUGAUGUUAAUAUAUUGAUUAAAAUUCAGGAAAGAUUGAGAAUUAAACAUAAUGCUCCAAAGAAAAAUAAAGAUGUUAUAAUACAAGAUUGUAAGGAUAGUGAUGAUGAUCAAGAAUUUAACGUGAAUCACGGGAGUUCUUUUCAAAUGAAUGAUUAUGCAAAAAAUCAAGAGAAUUUUGACACUAAUAAACAACCAUUAUAUCGGUUACCAAGGUCUCAAUUACAGUUACCUAUUAUCACAGAUGAUAAUACGAGAGGAGUAUACAAUUUUGAAUGUUUACAAGAAAACGAAGAGAUUAUACCAAAGUCGAAGAAACAUGGUUCACAAAAUCUUUCAUACUUGAAAUACAAAGCAAAACUUCAAGAAAAAGCUAGACGUAAGCAAGAAUUUGAAUUAAUAAGAAAACAAGUAAUCAAAGAAGAGACGAAUAGAAGAGUGGAAAUUAAACAAAAACAAAGGAAAGAAAAUCAUCUUGCACUGCAGGAAGCCAAAAUUCGGGAGACAAUGCCUAAUGAAGACACUAUAGAUGAUGAAUAUAAAGAGAUCAGAAAACAUAAAAGAAGAGAAAGAAUGGCGGAGAUUGCAAGAGAAUCAAGAAAUCUUUCAAUGAAUGUUUCGGAAGAACAAGAUGAUGAAAAUGUAGAAUACUGGGAAAAUUUGACACCAGAUAAUAUCGGAUGGAGUGAUUUUCUUUUAAUGUCAAAAGAAAAUGAUCAAUCACGUGGGACUUUAAACACCAAUAAAUCUUAUAAUUAUCAAGGGAAUGUUUCAAACGCUUUAGCAUCUGAACUAUCUUUUAACCAGAUUUGGAAAGAAAGAUAUAUAUCACAGCCUGCUAUUGAUGAAAAUGAAGCACACCAACAAUUUGUUAAUGAUGGAGCAGCAAUUUUAACACAUCCUAAAGUGAAUGAAGCUGAGCUAGCAGGAUCUAUUGGUUCACGGGCCCCAAACUUACAGAACAAAUCGUUACGGGAUCAAAAAGCGUUGUUUUUACUGAACGAUUCUCAGCCAACACUACAAACUAUUCAACAAUCAUUUCAACCGAAACCUCUAAUUUCUGUAGAAUUGAAGACCAAUCUUCAAUCUAACACAGAACAACAAUCGAAUCAACUAGAUCUUUUCCCACGAUCAUUAGAUCAGAAGUUUUCAUCUAAUCAACCUAAAUUACCGAAAAAUAUACAGGAAGGAAAUUCAAUAUCAAAUCCCUUUUUAGAAAAUCCAACACAGUCUUUACAUUUGCAUGAGACAUUAUCAAGACAAAACUAUGUUCCUCAAUCAAUUGCAAAAGUUCAGAACUGGUUAGAACAUUCCGAAGAAUUUAACAACCCUGAAAAAAACAAAAAUGUGGAAAGUUUCUCACAAAUUCCAUCAAAUGAUACAGAUGAAGGUAAUUCAAGUUCUGAAGACACUUCAUCUGAUGAUGAUGACACAACUAAUGAUAGUUCAAAGAAAUUACUAGAUUUAUUAUCAAAGAUUCGGUCAACAAAAAAGAAAAUAGAAUCUCGGGCUAAUAUCUCAUUAGAGCGUCAUCAACGAACUUUGGAAUCUAUGCAAAAAAUAGUUGCUGAUUUAAUUGAAAAGUAUGAAGUAUUCUUGGUGAAUGGCAAGAAGAUGAAAAAUGGCAAAAAACAUAUUAGAGAGCUGUUAAAUACUAUAACAGGAAAACAUACGAGAGAUAUAAUUGAUGCUUUAAGUCUAUCUCUGGAUCGGCCAUCUAACGACUUUGAUGCUACAAGUAAUUCUUCUGAAGCUCUUUUGAGGCAACUUCAAAAAGCUAUUGAAGGGUUUAAAAGAGUUGAAGUACAAUUAACUAGGAAGGAAAAGCGGUUAGAAAUUGCGCUGGAGGUUGCACAAUGUUUAGUAGAUAAGAGAUCAGAUUUAAUUAAUUGGGAACGUAGAUUAAAGAAACAGGAGCAAUCUAUUAAUGAUAUGGCGAGUCGUGUUGAUAGAUCGGAGAAUUCAAAUGAGAUCAAUCAUCAAAAUGACGAGUCAGGAUAUUUUGGAAGUGUCUUGGGAUCAUUUUUCAGGAAAAAUGAUAAUGGAAUGGAUAAUAUGAUCAAAACUCGUGAAGAAGAUGCAAGUUUAAUAUCUCAACAUAUCGUUUAUACGGAAGAGGAUUGGGAAAAAAUAUUGGUUCGCUUAACUCCGGAGAGUGAAAAAAAUGAAUUCAUUAGUGACAAUGAAUUUGAAAUCAAUGAGCAAAAACAAUGUAAAAAUGAAGAUUUGAAAAUAGGGCAAGACGUUAAGAACGACACAACAACAGUUGAUGUCAAUCAAAUGACAUCUUUAGAUCAUGUAGAUGAUUACCAACAAAAUAUUAAAGACGAUUUAUCAAAAAUUGAUCAUAAUGACAGUUCAGCAAUUAAUGCUGAAUGCUUUAGAACUACUGAAGAGGACAACAAUUUUAUAUCGAGAUCAAAAUUAGAAGAUGUAGGGGAUUCGGAUUCGGAUUCGGAUCAGGAAGAAUUGAUGUCAAGUUUUAACGGGUCAAAUUUCACAAAUAAAAACAUAGGUAAAUGCUAUCAAAGAACAUCCUCAAGCUGGGUAAAUGAUGAUCAAGUUAACAAAGCUGAAAGAAAAUUUGGAGGAAUUUUUGCAAAUUUAUCUCAAACAAGUUCUGAAAAGGAUUUUACAAAUGAUGAAUUUCUUCAAAAAUUUAAUUCAACUAUUAAUGGUUCUAUGGAACCAGAUCAUAUCAACAUUUCAAAAUCAGCAAAAUUUAAUCCUGUUAUACCACAAAUCCCGGAAAAUACACAAAACGAAGCUAUUUCUGAAUCACCAUUUUAUAUGAAUACUACAUUAGCUCCAAAAGAGCUAGAAAUUCCAAAUGCUAACAUUGAAGGCACUCGAGAAAAAGAAAAAAGUAAUUUUUUAGAAUCUAGUGAUAACGUAAACGAUAAUAAUGAAAGUGGAUUGGAUUUUUCGGAGAUUAUUAAUAGUUUACCGGGAUGGAAAUCUUUUGUUUCUAUGGUUAAAAAAAUGUAG